GUGUGGGGGGGGAUGUGGGGGGAUGUUUCGUGGAGAGGAGGAAGCCGGAGGGAGGAGUGGAUCGUGAAGGACUCUGCCGAGUGUUCAGAGUUUGCGAGCUCCUCUCCCCCUUGAUGCUAAGUGGAAGCGGCGUGCGAGUUGGGAGAGGGGACAUGUGGGAGUCACGCUCACAGCAGGCGGCCGCAGGCCCGGGCCCUCGCAAGGCCCCUCCGCCAGCCGUGGCCCCCAAGCCCAAGUUCAACCCCCACGCGGGGGGGGCCGCCGGAGCCGGGGGGGGUCCCCGCGCCGCGCAGGGCAUGCUGGGAACGGUGGGGCGGCUGCCCCUCUUAUCCGGAGACGGUGACCUCCCCCCACCGCCGCCACCGCCGCCGUGCGAGGAGCAGGAGGAGGUCUCGGGGGGCCCCGUGUCUCCCCCGGGGGGCUUCCCCCUGCCCCCUCCGGUCGUGUCGCCAAUCGCGAAGCAGCCUCUGGGGAAGCAGUCGAGCAUCGAGGUGGAGAUCGAUCAGCUGAACAGCCUCAUCGCCGAGAUGGAGAGCCUGGCUCCACUGGAGCCACGCGGGUGGCAGGCGGCCAAGGUGACGUCCCACGCUGUGUUUGCUGGGGACGGCCAGGGCCCCGUGGCUCCCUCCAAACCCUCCCAGGGCCCCGUGGCUCCCUCCAAACCCUCCCAGGCUCCCCUGGCUCCCUCCAAACCCUCCCAGGGCCCCGUGGCUCCCUCCAAACCAUCCCAGGGCCCCGUGGCUCCUUCCAAACCCUCUCAGGGCUCCGUGGCUCCCUCCAAACCCUCCCAGGCUCCCCUGGCUCCCUCCAAACCAUCCCAGGCUCCCCUGGCUCCCUCCAAACCCUCCCAGGGCCCCGUGACUCCCUCCAAACCCUCCCAGGGCCCCACUCAGAUCAAGUCGAGUGAGGCCUCUCCUGGGCCCAACCAGGCCGCUGUGCCCCGCCCUGGAGGGGCGGCUGGCAGCGGGGCCCGCUUCAGUGGCACCGCCGUCAUGGGAGUGGUGGGAGCUGCCGGUGGUGGUGGUGCGGUAGUGCAUGGUGGUGGUGGUAGUGGUGCGGUAGUGCGUGGUGGUGGUGGUAGUGGAGCGGUAGUGCAUGGUGGUAGUGGUGGUGGUGGUGCAGUAGUGCAUGGUGGUAGUGGUGGUAGUGGUGCAGUAGUGCAUGGUGGUAGUGGUGCGGUAGUGCACGGUGGUAGUGGUGGUGGUGCGGUAGUCCAUGGUGGUGGUGGUGGUAGUGCGGUAGUGCAUGGUGGAGGUGGUGCGGUAGUGCAUGGUGGAGGAGGAGGUGGUGGUGCGGUAGUGCAUGGUGGAGGUGCGGUAGUGCAUGGUGGUGGUGGUGGUGGAAGUGCGGUAGUGCAUGCUGGUGGAGGUGGUGCGGUAGUGCAUGCUGGAGGGGGAGGUGGUGGCACGGCGAGGCCCGCCGGCAGUGCGGACGUCCACUCCGGCUUCUCGGCGGAGGCCACGCCGAGCCGCCCGGCGUUCAACGUCCAAUUCCACACCCAGCCCAAGGAGCACGCCCAGGCAGGGCCCCACAGCGGAGGAGGUCCCCACGGUGGAGGAAGUGCCCACGGUGGAGGAGGGGCCCAAGGUGGAGGGGUCCUUGGAGGAGGAGGGGCCCACGGUGGAGGAGGUCCCCACGGUGGAGGAGUGGCCCACGGUGGAGGAGUGGCCCACGGUGGAGGAGGGGCCCACGGUGGAGGAUCGGCAGUGCCUCCUGAUGCGGUGGUCCCAGUUGUGCAGCAUGGAAAGGCGCGUGAGGGUGAGGGUGAGGCUGCCGCCGCGGACGAACCCCUGGGGGUGUGCGUGUCAUGCGGGCUGCCCGUGAGUGGCGAGGGCUGCGUGGCGGAGCAGCGCCUGCACCACGUCCACUGCUUCACGUGCGCCGCCUGCGCCCGGCGCCUGCAGGGGCUGCCCUUCUACAGCACGCCCGGCGUGGGGCACCUGUGCGAGGCCUGCUACCUGGAGACGCUGGAGCACUGCAGCGUGUGCGGCGAGGCCAUCGUGAACCGCAUCCUGCACGCCACGGGGCGCGCCUUCCACCCGGCGUGCUUCGCGUGCUCCGAGUGCGGCACGAGCCUGGACGGCGUUCCCUUCACCGUGUGCUCCGCCAACCGCGUGCACUGCCUCGAGGAUUUCCACAGGAAGUUUGCCCCGCGCUGCUCGGUGUGCGGCGAGGCCAUCGUGCCGGCGCCCGGCGAGAAGGAGACACUGCGCGUCGUGGCGCUCGACCGCAGCUUCCACGUCGCCUGCUACAAGUGCGAGGACUGCGGGCUGGUGCUGUCCCCCUCGGAGGGCAAGGAGAGAGGCUGCUUCCCGCUGGACGGCCACAUCCUCUGCUUCCAGUGCAGCGACUCGCGGCUGCAGGCCCGGCCCGGUCUGGCUGGCCCACAGCCUCUCUCAUCAUAAACACACUCACACACACACUCACAUACAUACAUACACUCACAUACACUCACUCACUCACAUACACACACUCACAUACACUCACACACAUACACACACUCACACACACACAAGAUAUACAUAGAUGCACACACACUGGCCGAUCCUAUGGGGGGGAAUUUGUUGGACCCACAUUACAUACACAUACACACACGUGUACACACACCCACACACAGUAACACGUGUACACACACACACAGUAACACGUGUACACACACACAAAGUAACACCUGUAAACGCACAGUAACACCUGUACACACACACGCACAGUAACACGUGUACACAUACAUGCAGUGGUCCUAUGCAAUGUAUCAGUCCCUGGAUUGGUGUCUCCCCGUGUCUCCCCGUUAUCUCCCAGUGUCUCCCCGUGUCUCCCCGUUAUCUCCCAGUGUCUUCCCGUGUCUCCCCGUUAUCUCCCAGUGUCUUCCCGUGUCUCCCCGUGUCUUCCCGUGUCUCCCCGUUAUCUCCCAGUGUCUUCCCGUGUCUCCUUGUGUCUCUCAGUAUCUCCCGCAUGUCUUCCCGUGUCUCCCUGGAUCUCCCCGUAUAUCCUCGUGUCUCACCCGUGUCUCCCCGUGUCUCCCUGUGUCUCCCUGCGUCUCCCCGCGUCUCCCCGCGUCUCCUUCGUACCCCCCCCCCCCCUAUCCACUCACUAUGCCAAAGACUGCACGCAAGCGCCUAACAUCCUCUUGUUAACCCCGGGGGUCCGAUGGGAUGAGGGUCAGGUUGGAUCGUGGCUCUGCAGGUCCCCUUUCUCCAGGGGGUCUGGGUCCUGACUGUGCACUUCGGGUGCUGGGCUGGGUUCGGGUCAGGACAACGGCCUCGAGUCAGGGGUCAGAGUGAGGGGUCAGAGUCUGUAGGGUGAGGGGUCAGAGUCUGUAGCGUCAGGGGUCAGAGUCUGUAGGGUCAGGGGUCAGAGUCUGUGGGGUCAGGGGUCAGAGUUUGUAGGGUCAGGGGUCAGAGUCUGUAGGGUCAGGGGUCAGCGUCUGUAGGGUCAGGGGUCAGAGUCUGUAGGGUCAGGGGUUAGAGUCUAUAGGGCCAGGGGUCAGAGUCUGUAGAGUGAGGGGUCAGGGGUCAGAGUCUUUUUGGGGCAGGGGUCAGAGUCUAGGCUACACAGGGGGGACUUUUAGGGUGUUCAGGUGUCACGUGAACCUGCAGGGUCCAAGCAGCGAGCUCAGCGCGGGCCCCUGGCUGCAACGAGUCCAAUGGGGGCCCAUCCCUGUCCCAUAUUACACCCCCCCCCCCGCAAGCCUCUUCGUAAGCCUGGCACCUCACCCCCCCUCACCACCUCGCCCCCCCCUCACCACCUCCCCCCGUGGAGCCCCGGUGCGAUUGCACCGACUGCGCACUCGGUAGCUGCUUCACCGCCCCCCCCUCCCUCGCUUGCUGCACCCGCGUGGGAGACCGCGCUAGUCCCCCACCCCCUGUAUCGUGCUUUGAUGCUCCAACGCUGCCAGUUUCUAUACGAGUAUAAGAAAGCGAGAGAGAAAGAAACCCCCAACAAUAUUGUUCUGAGAGUUGAUUCUCCGGGACUCGCGGAGCCUGCGAGGGCAGACGCUCGAUGCGGCGGGCGGCGACGGACAUCGGCGGGUCCCUCGAUGUUGAGGCGGGCGCCUGUCUGGUUGUGUCCAUCCGACUGCCUUUUCCAGAUAUUGUCCCGAUAUCUGGACAAACAAAUAAUCCGGGGUAUCCGUGGCUAGCGCUCGCGUCCGGGUAUCAAUCUGGUUACCACGAAGACAGAUAACUGCUGGUCGUCCAUAUGGGGUACCUCUGGUUAUCACUCAUCCGGUUGUCCAUUAAUUUUCCUGCAACACAGACAUCUGGUUGUCCAUCUGGGGUACCUCUGGUUAUCACUCAUCCGGUUGUCCAUCUGGUUUCCUGGAUCACAUCUGGUUGUCCAUCUGGUUUCCUGGAUAUCACACAUCUGGUCGUCCAUCUCGGUACCUCUAUCAUGAUACCUGUCGCGACGAUUUGCGUUCGUUGUAGCUCUACGCGGGGGGCUGUCUCCAUCAUCUUCGUCUUCGUUGUUUGAAAAGGGCACCCCCAGUGUCAGCUGUCUCCGUGCGCCACGCGGCGACCUCGGCAUCCGGCCCUGCGAGGCGGGCAUUCGUCUGCUGCCAGGACGGGGUGGCGGGGGGGGGGGCACGGUGACCGAUACGCAUUGUACCCAAAUUUAAAAUUCCACUACAGUUGGUAUCUGUCCGACGAGCUGAUAACUCCUUUCACAUUCAGUUAGCUCUCUGACGGGUUGCUUUGUAGAUGUCCACUCCCAUCUGGUUAGACAUCUGGUUGGUUGGUACGUGGAUGUCCAGUCCAUCUGAGCAUUUGGGAUCAGGGCGUUCAAUCUGUCUGGUCGCCUCGCCGGAUAAUUGGCAUUUGACUUCUCAUCUGGGGGAUAAGCCACGUGGCGAGCAUCCACCUGGGUGUCCCACCUGGGCACGGGUCAUUCUGGAAAUACUCGUGGGGCGCUAUCGCCUAUCGCAAGGGUGGGGGGGGGGUGAGGGCCCACCAGCUUCCCCACAGCAGAACGAACCACAGACGGAUCUCUCCGUCAGCACGAGGUCGACCAUCGGUAACCGUGCAGUCUCCUGCGGUAAGAGUUCAACACCAAGACCAGCGGUGCCGACCAAAUUCUCCCGCCCCCCAAACACAGACGCCAGCUCUCCGGACAGGUGGCAGACCCUAGGUGAGGACCAACAUCCCACCCCUGGCCCGCGAUGACUCCUCGGGUCGUCGUCUUCCUUACCACGGAGUGGCCUCGCACAGGACUCGAUCCGUACCGCCCCCUCCCCCCACCCACCUCUGGCGGGUUUGUCCGGAUGCGCCGUUGAGUUUUGUGUUCUCGCUGUGCGGUGUCGAGUCACGCGAGUUUCUGCAGGACCGGGAGUCCAGCGCGGACCAAAUAAAGAUUCGCCUUUUG